AUGUCUUUUCUCUUCGGCAAGAAGAGCAAGCAGCAGGCCAACAACGCGCUGCCCCCAGCCACACGAGACAUAACCUCAUCGGGAGGCCAGGGGCAACCACCUCCAGCCGUCAAUGGAUCCGGCUCUCGUGAGAUUGAGAAGACCCGUGGAGGCCCCCAAUCCCAGACACCCACCCCCGGAGGCAGCGUAAACAACUCGUUGAACUCUCUCCAGAACGUUGGAAAUGCGCCUACCCCCGAGCCCAAAGCGCUGCGAGAAAAGGCCGACACCAACAUCCAGAAUACGAACCCCAGAUUUGCCGGCAACUCGCCAGACUCCCCGUACCCGUGGUCCUCCCGACGCUUGAACUUCACCGCAGGCAAUCCCUUCCCCCGAUACGGCGCUGCUAUAAAUGCCACGGCUAGCAAGGAUGGUACGAUUUACCUCAUGGGUGGACUUGUUGGCGGCGCAACAGUCAAGGGUGAUCUGUGGUUGACAGAGAUGGGCAACGGCAGCAUGGCCUGCUAUCCCAUAUCCACAACUGGAGACGGCCCUGGUCCUCGCGUAGGUCAUGCUAGUUUGCUCGUUGGCAAUGCCUUCAUUAUAUACAUUUUCGGUGGACAGGUCGAGGGCUUCUUUUUCAAUGACCUUGUAGCUUUUGAUUUGAACUCGUUGCAGUCAUCGGCAAGCCGAUGGGAGGUGUUGCUACCAAACACAAAGGAGCAGGCUUCUCCACAAGGCAGAUCACCACCAGCACGUACCAAUCAUUCCGUGGUAACGUGGAACGACAAGCUCUACCUCUUUGGUGGAACCGACGGGAUUACUUGGUUCAACGAUGUCUGGACCUAUGAGCCGCGCUCCAACGCCUGGACUGAGCUUGACUGUAUUGGCUACAUUCCCGUAGCUCGCGAGGGUCAUUCUGCCGCCCUUGUAAACGACACCAUGUACAUCUUUGGCGGACGCACCCAAGAAGGCGUCGACUUGGGCGACCUUGCAGCCUUUCGGAUCUCGUCACGCCGUUGGUACAUGUUCCAAAAUAUGGGACACUCCCCUUCAGCCCGGUCGGGGCAUAGCAUGACCGCCUUCGGAAAACACAUCGUUGUUUUAGCUGGCGAGCCCAGCUCUUCUGUCAGUGACAGGAAUGAGCUCAGCCUCAGUUACAUUCUGGACACCUCCAAGAUAAGGUAUCCGCCCAAUGAAAGUGCUCCUCCACCACAGCCGCAGGGUACACAGCGGAAGAUGAGUGGCGGUGAGAGAAGCAAUGUGCCUCCCGCUAAGGUCGGCUCCCCUCCAACGCGCGAGAGUAUGAUGCCUGCUUCACAAUUCACGAGAGCCCCAGAAAACAUGGGGAAUGGUGCGAACGCAGGAUCACGUUUGCCUCGUGCAGCGGGUCAACCACCAGGUCCUCCACCACUUCAGCAACCUCCACAGCCCCGUGAGAAUGGUGCUGGCGUACAAGGUGCCGCAAAACCUAGAAGCAAGACUCCUACCAAAAAUGAACGUGGAUACGGCCCGCCUAUCGACACUGGAGCUGCAUCCGCCUUGGAUAGAGAAAACAUGUCGCCUAUGACCCGCGAAAGUCCAUCUACGAACGACAUGCAACGAAAGAUGUCGUCGGACGCUGUAAGCCAACGGACCCCGAAGGAGUCCAUGGACACUACUCGCUCUGGUAGCAUUUUGUCACGAAACACGUCCAAAUCGCACCGCCCGCAGCCUUCCCAUGAUAGCACAGAGCAGGCAACCAGACAAUCUUUAGAAACACAGCAACAACGCGGAUUUGCGCGUGACGUUGAACAGUUACCUAAUGAGGGCUUGAAGAAUGCGUCACUGGCGAAUGAUCAACGAAACACCGAACUUAUUAAAGAACUGGAGCACGUCAAAAGUCGCAACGCAUGGUACGCCUCGGAGCUCGCACUUGCUCGUCGAGCAGGCUACAGCUCUGGUACUUCCACGAGUCCAGUAUUCGAUGAGCGGUCGGCCGACGCGUUUCGAGACGAGGAUAGACCCUUGUUGGAGGCACUCUUGAAGAUGAAGACCGAACUUGAACGAGUACAAACCUCCAUCAAAGCCCAAGGUGACGAUGCUGCGAAGAGAAUCGCUGAAGUUGAGAGACAGCGGGACGCGGCUGUCAGCGAAGCCAUCUACGCUAAAACCAAAUUGGCUGCUCACGGAGGUGGUAGUCAGAAUGGAACUCCACAGCCAGAUGGGACUCGAAGCACAAACACACCCGACGCGGAUCGCCUCCAAGAUGUUAGUCGGCGACUAGCGAUGUCUUUGGCGGCUCAAGGUGACCUGGCUACUAAAGUGGAGCAUCUGACCCGUGAGAUUGAUGCCGAAAAGAAAGCAAAACAACUAGCGGAGGAGACCGCAGAAGCUGCGCAAAAACGUGUACAAGAACUGGACUCGACCCGACAAAAAGCUACAGCUGAAUCAGAGAGUCUACGCGCCGAAUUACACGAGGCUGAGCGUGUCGCAAGGGAAGUAUCUACUAGCGCUGCAGAAGCAGAAUCGGCAUCGAAACUGUUGGCGAUUGACAAACAAGAGCUGAGCGCCAAGGUUGCUAAGGUUUCCGAAGAGCACAAAGCUCAGUCUUCUAUUAUUCAGUCUCUACGCGAUGCUGUCUUCGCGUCCACGGAGAAGUCAACCUUGCUGGAGAAGAAGCUCACUGAAGAGCGGGCUACGAGUGAAAACCUGCGCCAGAAGCUGGGUCAGCUUCCUUCGCCGUUCGGCACACCGGAGUUCAACCGAGUUCGCGAGCUGGAACAACAGGUAGACUCUAUGACUAAAGCACAUGAGGAAAUGCGUUCUAUGUUUGAGGAGCGUGAGCACGAGGUCAGCAAGGAGUGGGAAGAAAAACUCCAGGCACUUCACAACGAUCACCAAGCUGCUGUCAAGUACCUCCGGGGUACCGAAAAGAUGCUUUCGAAGAUGAAACAGGAGCUCGAUCGUUACAAGAGUGCAAAUCUCAAGCUAGAGGAAGAACUCACCCAAGCGAAGCAAGACAAGCGUAGUCCUACUGAUGAAGCCGAUCAAGCUGAGUCGAACGCAGAACGCGCGGCACUUCGCUCUGAACUGGACAAGGCACGAGAGGAGAUGGAAGCUACCGUUACACGUUUCGAGGCCCAAUUGUCCAAACUGCAAUCUGAUCUGGCUUCUGCUCGCGCCGAUGCCGAAACAGCAGCGAAUGCUACAAAGCAGGCAGAGCAUCAAGCAGCCCAGUUCCAGACAGAUCUUGACGCGCUCCGUCGUCAGCAUACACAGACGGAGGAACGUGCCCGCGAAGCUGAGAGUCGGGUCCAAAUGUUCCUUGACCAGUUUGAGUCAUCGGUCGAUAAUUACCGCCGCCAGUCCCAGGCACCAACCGAAAACACCCUUCCUGAACACAGCCGCCACCGUGCCCACGAUAGCAUCGCAUCCGCUGAAUCUCUUUACAGCCGCAAUGACGGCUCUAGUACCCCAGAGGCCGUCCCCCGCCCUUCAUCUUCUGCUACGCGUAACUCCAUGGCUCUGGAUAACCUUGCCUCUGAGCUGGACGCUCUCAGGAGUCACUGGGAAACUACCAACAAAGCCUACCGUUUGAGUGAUCGCUUUGAUUUCGAACGCAUGCCCGACAAUGAUAACACGGAUCUGAAUGAACUCUCGCAAUGGAGGAACAAGGUGGAGAGCGAGGAUGGGUUCCAGGCCGCGGCAGGUAGUCACGAUGCAAAGUCCGCACAGCCGGCUGCUACCAUGGCCUCGCCAACACAGCUCCACGGAUCUUCAUAA